CCGUAUCCUUUGACGGGGGUGAACGUCACUGGUUGUCCAGACACACAGCGCAGUCACCGCAAACAGAGCUGAGAGACUAAGCUUUUAGCUAACCGCCAUUAAACACAGCUUUCUCUUCAAAACAGAAUACUCGUUUUCGUAGAAGAACCUAAAAUCUUUGUAAAUUGGCGUCUGUAGUAAAAUGAAGCGGAGGAUACCCAUGUCUUUUGUUUUGUUCGUUUUGCUAGUCAUUUAUUGUUUUUCGUGCUCGGCGUUUUACCUUCCGGGUUUAGCCCCAGUGAGUUUUUGUGUAGAAAAAGACAUUCCCGACUGCCAGACAGAAAUUCAGCUGUUUGUCAAUCGUUUGGACUCUGUGGAGUCCGUUCUGCCUUAUGAAUAUGAUGUGUUUGACUUUUGCAAAGAUCAGAAGGAGAUCCGGCCUUCUGAGAACCUUGGACAGGUGCUGUUUGGUGAGCGGAUAGAGUCUUCCCCAUACAAGUUCACAUUUAAACAAGAUAAAAAAUGCAACAAAGUGUGCACAAAGACCUACAAGAAGGAGAACAAAGAAGAUGUAUCCAAACUGGAUUUUCUUAAGAUGGGAAUGCAGUUGAACUAUCAGCAUCACUGGAUCAUUGACAAUAUGCCCGUGACAUGGUGUUACGACGUUGAAGAUGGUCAGAAGUACUGCAACCCUGGCUUCCCUAUUGGUUGUCUCGUUACUGCUGAUGGAAGAGCAAAAGAUGCAUGUGUUAUCAACUCUGAGUUUAACAAAAAGAACACGUACUAUGUGUUCAACCAUGUGGACAUUAAGAUCACUUACCACAACGGUGAGAAGGAUGCCUGGCGAGGUGCUCGCCUUGUUGCUGCCACCCUAGAACCAAAGAGCAUCAAACAAACUGAUAAGGACAACCCUAACUGUGAUAGCACUACCCCCAUGGAAGUGCCGGGAGUGUUUGACAGUGAGGUGUCAAUAGUCUACACCUAUUCUGUGACUUUUGAGGAAAACACUUCUAUUAAGUGGGCCUCACGGUGGGAUUACAUCCUGGUCUCCAUGCCUCACACCAACAUCCAGUGGUUCAGCAUCAUGAACUCUUUGGUCAUUGUUCUCUUCCUGUCUGGCAUGGUGGCCAUGAUCAUGCUACGGACUCUGCACAAGGACAUUGCUAGAUACAACCAGGUGGACCAGGAAGACUUGAUAAAGCUUCCAUCGACCAGGAAUAAAUCUUCCGUUAACUAUGAGGACGCACAGGAGGAGUCUGGAUGGAAGCAGGUGCAUGGAGAUGUCUUCCGUCCUCCUCGCAAAGGAAUGUUGCUCUCUGUGUUCCUCGGCCAGGGCACUCAGAUCUUCAUCAUGACAUUCAUUACACUCUUUCUGGCCUGUCUGGGUUUCCUGUCUCCGGCCAACAGAGGGGCUCUGAUGACGUGCGCUGUGGUACUCUGGGUCCUGCUGGGCACCCCCGCCGGUUAUGUUUCUGCACGUCUCUAUAAAACUUUCGGGGGAGAGAAGUGGAAGACGAACGUGUUGCUGACAGCCCUCCUGUGCCCAGGCAUUGUGUUUGCAGACUUCUUCCUGAUGAACUUGAUCCUUUGGGUGGAGGGCUCCUCAGCAGCCAUUCCUUUUGGGACUUUGGUAGCCAUCUUGGCUCUGUGGUUUGGGAUUUCUGUGCCCCUGACCUUCAUCGGCGCCUACUUUGGGUUCAAGAAACCUGCUAUUGAGCAACCAGUGCGAACAAACCAGAUCCCCCGCCAAAUUCCGGAACAGUCCUUCUUCACCAAACCCAUCCCUGGGAUUAUAAUGGGUGGGAUCUUGCCCUUUGGCUGCAUUUUCAUCCAGCUUUUCUUUAUCCUCAACAGUAUUUGGUCCCACCAGAUGUACUACAUGUUUGGAUUCCUCUUCCUGGUUUUCAUCAUCCUGCUCAUCACUUGCUCUGAGGCCACAAUCCUGUUGUGCUACUUCCACCUAUGUGCUGAGGACUACCACUGGUGGUGGCGUUCCUUCUUGACCAGUGGCUUCACAGCAGUCUACCUGUUCAUCUAUGCAGUGCACUACUUCUUCUCAAAACUGCAAAUAAUUGGAGCAGCCAGUACUAUACUGUACUUUGGAUACACCAUGAUUAUGGUCCUCAUCUUCUUCCUCUUUACAGGUACAAUUGGCUUCUUCGCCUGCUUCUGGUUUGUUAACAAGAUCUACAGUGUGGUGAAGGUGGACUAACGGCAGAGGAAACUCCCAUCUGUAAAUGGCGCUGCGCUCCUCAGUGCUGUCUUUGUAAUAAAGUAGUCUGAACAGACGUGAACUGAAGGAUUGAAAGAAAACAGAGCAGAGCCCGUCCUCUUUUGUGCUUUAAACCUUUGUUGCUCUUUUUUUUUUUUUUUUUACAUUUAAAUAAUUUGUGUUCACUGAUGACCGUUAAUAUUUUGAGUUUCGCCUUGAAAAUCGGUGUGGGUUCCAAUGAUGUUCACACAGUUUGGUGUUUUUGCUUUUGUUUUCUAAGGAAAGAAAAAGUCAAACGUUAAGGACUUUGUUAUUCUAUUCUGUUUUUUCUUAAGGGUCCUUUUUUCUUUCUUUUUUUUUAUUUCCUGUUCUGUAAUGAUUGAAUGAGUAUGUACAUAUAUUGUAUAGAGAAGGAGAGCGAGGGAGAAUGCUACUUAAAGAUUGUCAUCCUUAUCAAUUCCCACUUUGAAGUUUUUUUUAUUUUGAUUCUAAAAAUAGGCUUUAAAUUCCUGAAUAUCAGCCUGUAAUAUAGUUAAAACAUAAAAUACUGAUGUUGCUAUGAUACUUGUUCAUUUUCUUGGGUUUAAGUUUGCCUACAUCAUGAGUGUUUUAGGUUAAGAAGCACACAAAGCUACAACAUGUUGCAUAUUAAAGACAGUCUCUCAGACGUGAUGAAUUUGCCACGAAAAACAUUGUCACCUAGUAAAAUAUUAAUACUCUGAAGUUCUUUCUUUCUGUUGAGAAGCAUCCUUUUAGAUCUAAUGAGUGAACCAUUAGGUAGAAUAAACACUGCUGCUGUUUGCUUUAA